GGCCGAACAGUCCCGCGGAGGAGACCCAGUGUGUGAUCAGCUGGGAGGUCACAGUGUGUUUGAAGGGAGUGUGUCGGGCAGUGUGUGUGUCCCCCGCAGCACCCGGCCCCCGCCUCACCCUCACGGCUCCUGGGUGCUCCUGACGUGCCCUGGCGUGGCCCGGCCUGCGAGGUGGGUGUGGGGCGGGCGUGGCAAGGUCACCCCCACGCCAGGUCUUAUCAACACAGCCCUGACGUGCACUGUUAUCGUUUAGACGCAUGGCGAAGAACAGCACCAGUAGCAGCAGACCCCACACCUGGGAUUCCUCUGGUGUUUCUUUCACCUCCUCCAACAACUCCUCCACCACAGCCUCCACUUCCUCCACCCAACUACUGUCCCCUACUGAUGGUUAUGAUGCCCCCACCAUCUUUUAUUCAUCUGGCUUUGAGCGGAUGUCGAACAUAACCAGCCCUCAGCGGUUCUCGGGUACAGGCACAUAUGACCACUUCUAUGAUGGCCAUUACGAGCCAGACCUCAGCACCCAGAUGAAAGUCCCCAAGAGGAUUCGUGUCACAGGUGGGGAAGAAAGAGGGGACAAUGAUGACGAUCCAACAGUCAACUGGGCAAGGUUCAACGGCGUCAACGAGAAGUUCCAGAUGAACGUUCCUGAUCGAAUUGUAGUGGCAGGUGGGGAGCAGCACAUAGGGACAAGGGGGGUGCCAAGAGAGGUGGAACUGGAGAAGUCUAUAAUGCCACAGCCUGACCCAUCACUCUACAGGGUCCAAACACCACCACGCAGCAUCACACUGGACACCUACUCCUACCCCGGGACUGAGGACCUCACCCCUUCAGAGGACCGGGAGAGCAGCACUCCUGGCUCCAUCCCCACUAUGCUGCCCCGCCCCUCCUCCACCACUGCCAACAGCUACAUCCACCCAGUGGAGGACCUGGAUCAGGGACCAGAGCAUGGAGGUGCAGGUGGAGUAACAACUGACCUCAGCCCUGGGGAGGAGGUGUCUCUGCUGCGGCGACAGGUUGGGCGACUCAACAGACGUGUGAUGGCACUUGAGCUCGACACACAGCAACGUGCACACCGCGAGAUGCUCAUGUACACCCUUGGAGCAGCAUACUUCCUCAUCAAGGCCCUGUUGUGGCUUAAUCGCAACUGAAAUAAUGUGGCGGUGAAGGUGUUGAGGGUGUCAUGAGAGGGAGCAAAGGGUCUUUUAGCGAGAGAGCUGUUUGGUUGUGUAGAUGAAGAGAAGACGUGGUGAGUGGUUUUGCAAGAAGGAGGAGGUGGAGGUGGUGGUGAUGAGGAUUAUGCUGUUUUUAGAUGAUAAGAUGGAAGUGGUGAUAAGAUGGUGCUGAGGGUACUUAGAAUAUUAGUACAACAACUUAUGUGGUGGCAGUGAUGUUUCUGCACUUGCAAAGUAGAAAGGAAGUUGUCUUUAGCACUGAUAGUGGCUUAACUCUCUUCUCAGCUUGGCAACACUAUCUUAAUCCCUUACGACACUUAAUUGGGAUAUCAUUUACAACUGAGCUGGUGAUAGGCUUCUGUAGUACUAGGCAGCCAACCAGCUAUGCAUCAUCUCUUCAAGGACAGUAAUAGGGGUUGUUUAAGAUGCAGGAAUGUACUUAAUGAGGGUACAUAUAUAAAACUACAUAUUCAUUUUGUGGCUGCUGAGUGCCUAAGCAAUAGAGAUCUAGCAUUUGAGAGUCUACUAAGGGACCACUUGGUAAAAACUCUCCUGUUAUGCCAGUCUGCUAGAGAGCUACGUGUUCAUACCUCUUCUUUCGUGUCUGUCUUCAGAAAAUGACGGUACACCAUCUCUCCAAAGCGCCACCACCAUCUCCACUAUCCCUUCUUUUUCCUCAUCCAUCAUAUCCACAUCCUAUCCACCUCUUCUUAACACUCAUCCUCCUCCACUUGCUUCAACUCUUCCUACUCCUCUUUUCAUCUGCAUUAUCUCUUCAUUAAUUUCUUUUACACCAUGUUAUUCUCAUAAGUAAGGGAGUCAGUUUGGAGGAGUCAGAAUAUUUAAGUAUGGCAUGUGGUGUUAACUCCCAGUGAUGAUGAUUAUUAAGUUCUAGGCCA